UGAUUUUUCCUCCGUCCCAUAAACGUCACAUAUAACGCCCGCGUUUAACCACUUCGGUCGGGCGCGUUUAAGUAGCGGCGCCGGCAUUUCCGACGGCGCUUGAAGGCAGCGGCGCUUCAAUCCUCAUUGCGCUCAGACUUUUCAGGGCGAGAAGUGGCCUCGCCCACCCGAGACGGCGGAGUCAUCCUCCUCCAGAAGGACGAGGGAGUGGGGAGUGAGCUGUAAACAGCUGGGCCGAAAGAUCCGUUAAGACGUUUUUGAGCAGAUGAACAUCUUUUCUGACUCUGGAGCCAUGUCUGCGGUGUACUCGCGUACUUCAGUUUGAGGAUGGAGUCAUCAUGUCUGGACCUGGCUCUGGAAGGUGAGCGGCUCUGUAAGUCGUGUGACUAUCGCGCCGGCGUGUCGUUCUUUGAGUCUGCCAUCCAGGUUGGAACAGAGGACCUUCAAAUCCUCAGCGCCAUCUACAGCCAGCUGGGAAAUGCCUACUUUCACCUACAAGAGUAUAAUAAAGCCCUGGAGUACCAUCGGCAUGACCUAACACUUACCAGAACCAUUGGAGAUGAACUUGGUGAGGCUAAAGCCAGUGGCAACCUUGGAAACACAUUAAAGCUUUUAGGCCGGUAUGAUGAAGCAGCGGUCUGUUGCCAAAGACAUUUGGAAAUCACGAGAGCCGUAUAUGAUAAGGUUGGGCAGGCUCGAGCACUGUAUAAUUUCGGGAAUGUUUACCACGCCAAGGGCAAGAGCAUCUGCUGGACUGGAGCAGAGCCAGGAGAGUUCCCAGAGGAGGCCAGGAUAGCCCUGAGGAAAGCUGCACAGUACUAUGAAGCAAACCUGUACCUGGUGAAGGAGUUAGGUGAUCGGGCAGCCCAGGGUCGUACCUAUGGGAACCUUGGUAAUACUUACUAUCUGCUGGGUGACUUUCAAACUGCAGUAGCUGCACAUGAAAAGCGGCUUCUGAUCGCUAAAGAAUUUGGGGAUAGGUCUGCGGAGAGGAGGGCCCAUUGUAACCUCGGCAAUGCUCACAUAUUCCUCAGGCAGUUUGAAGUGGCGGCUGGUCAUUACAAGAGAACUCUGCAGCUGGCCAGGCUUUUGAAGGACAGAGCAGUGGAGGCCCAGGCCUGUUACAGUCUGGGCAACACCUACACACUACUGCAGGACUAUGAGAGAGCCAUUGAUUACCACCUCAAACAUCUGGUCAUUGCUCAGGACCUCAACGACAGAGUUGGUGAAGGAAGAGCUUACUGGAGUCUAGGAAAUGCCCACACCGCCCUGGGGAAUCAUGAGCAAGCCAUGUUUUUCGCUGAGAAACAUCUGGAAAUUGCCAAAGAGACUGGGGACAAAAGCAGCGAGGUCACAGCCAGGAUGAACUUGUCGGACCUACGGCUGGUUGUAGGCCUGAAAUCCAACUCCAACAUCCAUCCUAACAUCUUCGGCAACACAAAUACUAAUAGCUCCUCUCUGCCAGUAAGCUUCCAGGGUUACCCAAACCUCCCAGUGUUGAACUCUCCAUCGAGCAAUAAAGGCAGUGCAGAGAACCUGCAACUGAAUCCAAGUCCUGACAAAAGUCAAACUGGAGAUUCACCAGAACAUCCAGACUGGGAGGAGGAUGUUUUCCCUGGGUCUUCAAAAAACAACAUAAUCAAGGCUUCCACUAAGCUCUUCCUCUUCCACCGGCUGAGAAGCAAGAAGCAAAAGAACAAAUCAUCUUUUAAAGACCAACAUGAAAACCGCACCAAGCAAACCGCUCCAGAGCUGGACACACCAGUGUCUCUUAAGCCAGGAUCACGGGACACUAUUGGAGAGGACAGCUUUUUCGACCUCCUCUCUCGUUUCCAGGGCAACAGAAUAGACGACCAAAGGUGCUCUCUAAUGGAUGGCCAGAGCCAUCUCCCUGCCCAUUCCUCCCCCUCCUCCACCCCACCUGUAGCUGAAAGGAAAUCUAUUUCAGAAUGCGAAACACCAUCGCAGGAUCCUGGUCAUUUCCUGGAGCUGCUGGCCAGCUCCCAGGCCCGUCGUCUGGACGACCAGCGAGUCAGCUUGAGCCAUUUUCCUGGCUUACGUCUCAGCGCCUCCAGCCUGCCUCGUACACCCUCCACCUCCAGCACAGAUCAAGUCCCCACGCAAGACCCGGUCUCCAGUACAGAUACCCCCCACACACCCUCCCUGUACAGUUGCCUAGAGGCCAGUGCUGAGCAGCCUGAAGGGGACGAUGUCUUCUUCGACAUGCUAGUUAAGUGCCAGGGCUCCAGACUGAACGACCAGAGGUGUGCUGCUCCACCUUCUACAAAUAAGGGAAAAACUGUUCCAGAUGAAGAUUUUUUCAGUCUCAUCCUGCGUUCACAGUCCAACAGGAUGGAAGAGCAGCGAGUGCUGCCGCCCUCUGGCAUUGUGCAAUCCAAACCAGACUGACUCCAUGGAGUCAUUUGUCAUGUUAUCUCAGGAUACCAGAUGAAAUAACCAAGCUUUUCUUUUUUUCUCCUCAAGUCAAGAUUUUAUUUUUUUGUAAGCCACGUGGCCCUUGAUUCCUGCCUUUUGGGAUUGAUAACAUUCCUGUCAGACUGCCAAGAAUACAAGGACUGCUAUAAGGAAUUAAGGUCUCAUAAUACAGAACUGGUUACUUUGACAGUGAAAUCAUGGGAAAUUUAGCUUUUCAAAAUUUAUGGACUUGUUUUUAAGAUCACAGACGGGGUCAAUGGGUAGUCACUACCUUUUUUUUUUUAUGACCCCUGCUUACUGCUUUUAUCAGAGACCUUGGUACCAAUGAUGUCUGUCUGCCUUGGAGGCUUGCAUCAAGUCGUUCAUCUGCUUGGAAUAAGAGUACUGUAAUUCAAGGACCUGAGCAAAAAUGAAGGGAUUUCUGCUUUAUGAUGAUGGACAAGAGACCUUCUGUGGACCUGUCUCAGAUGUUCUGCAGCUGGGCACAGUGGAACAUUGCAUGGCCUGUUCUGCUUUAAGAGAACACCUUGGUUUGAACUGACCGCAGGCCUCUCCAGCAAUAACUCAUCACAGAGGGUCAAAUAGCAAAUCCUCUCCUGGGAAAAAAAAGGUUCACAUCAUUUCUACUGCUACACUAAUGACUAGUGGAGCCAUUUAUAGACUCUGCUUCCAGAUACUGCUUUUAAGACUUAAAGACUAUCAAUUUUACAUCGUUAAAGGUUGUAUGGGUGGAGCAUUAUUUCCAUGAACUGAAAUGGGAUUUUCACAGGUGAUUAACUAGUGAGGGAAAAAAAAGAAAUGUUAUUUUAGCUUUUAUAUUGAUACCGUCUGACAAUGGAGAAAUAAAAUCUCAUGAAUUUGCAUUACAACUUA